AUGUCAACUGGCUUUGGUCUGAACCCAGCUGAUCAGAAGGCUGGAAUAACAGCGAUCAUGGAAAAACUUGAAAACAUGUGUCCUCUCUAUGCUGAAAUGGACAAAAUCUUUGGUAACCGGCCUGAAGUCAAUCCAUUGUUUUUGGCCAAUGCAGAGGUGCUAGAGGAUGAAGACAAUAAAUCUGAAUCGUCUUCUGAGCAUGAUGGUUCCAAUUCCUCAUAUGAUUCAGACAAGACAGGUUCAUCCAAAACUUCUGAGUCCACUGCAAUUCACCCUUUGUUGAAGAGUGCUACUUCACAAGUCAAUAUCAUGACCCUGGAGCAAGAAAACACAGGAGAUCUUCCAAUUGAUGUCGAGGCAGGUGUCCAGGCUGCAGCAACAGGUAAACCCACUCUGUCAGGUGAGACUUUUCAAGAUCCAGCUUCAAAGUCUAAAGCUGUGGGGACCAAGAACAAGUCACCAAAGAAUAAGAAGAACAAAAGCAAUUGUCUGCAAUCUACAAGGAAGGCACCUGCUCUGAGCGAUUCUGAGUAA